AUGUCUCUCGUACACCUUGCGAACGUGUGUUCGCAUCUGCAAAAUGCCUCGAAAGCCCGGCUUGGCUUGACCUCCAUCCCGUCAACAAAUAUGCUCCUCACGCUCUCACUUGCCCUUCAAACAUCAGGGUUCCUCUCCUCAGUAACACGCGGCGGCCUCACACCACCACGACUCGAUACGUUAUCUUCCUACGUUCCAGAGCCAGUUACACAAGAAAACGUUAGCACGAGGAGGUUAUGGCUUGGUCUCAAAUACUACAACAAUGAAGCGGUGCUGAGCGAAAUGAGCAUGAUCAGCAAACCUACAAAGAGGAUUUGGAUGGACGCUGACGGGCUGGCGAGAAUCGUGAGAGGGAAAGAAGCAGGCUUUGUGAAAGGAUUGACAAAACCAGGAGAGAGCAUGUUUGUCACCACCGACAAGGGAAUUCUGGAAGCGAGGGAAUGUGUGGAGAGAAGAGUUGGAGGAAUGUUAUUGUGCAGAGUAUUGUAG